UCUUCUUCUUACAACAUUUGACAAAUGUCAUGGAAUAUAGACAUUUCCUACUGACAGAUAAAACGCUUUAAUUUGUGGUAUUUGCUCGAAUUUAUAGUUUUAAUUUCGCAAAGAACGCGCUAAAUUUGUGCAUAAUUUACGUGAAUAGUGUGGCAAAACUUGUAGCGUGUGCUAACGCUGUUAAUUGAAUAAAAAAUUUUGCAUUUUCUGUAGUAAUUACUGUAUGCGGCGACUGCGGACCUCAACGAAGGCGCAGACGGCAGCUGGGGCAGCGACGGCGACAACGACGACGAAAGGUGGUGUUGCCAGCAAUAGUAGCUGUGGCGGUGCAUCAACAGUGUCAACCGGAAUAACGCCGCAUGCGGAUUGUAAAACUAUACAAAAUAGCAGUUUCAGUGGAAGUGGUGGUGGUAGCAAUACUUUGACAACAAGCAACAGCAGUGGUGCUACGGUAGCCACUACCGCCGUUGUAACAAAAGCAGGCGCAACAAUAGCUGCGGGCCGUCAGAAGCACAGCAUGGACGCUAAGCUGAGUGGAGAUGUAUUUAAGAACUUUGAAAAGACGGGAAAGAGUGAAUUUUUGAAGUUCUUAAAACAACAAGUGAAGGAAAAUGAUAAUCCGAUUUUUGGCAAAAAUGACGAAUUUAAAUUCGGCAUCUCGAGGGCAAUCUACGAUCUGCUAUGGCAUGGACUACGUUGCACAUUGAAAAAGGAUGCAGUGCUAAAUACGUUAGCCGAUGUUGUGACGCUGCAUACUGAUUUUCCAUCGGUAAUACUAGACAUUGUAAAUAUAUUGGACGCGGAGACUUCUUUAAUGACCGAUGGCAUACAAGAAGAGCGACUCAUGUUCAGUCAGAUUGUUAAAGAUCUCGAUAAGGUGAUCUCGGAUAAGCUAAUAAAAGAGCGUUUGGAAAUCGAUACACUGCAAGAUGUAGGAAUUGUAAAGAAUAAGGUGUUCUACACCAAAUUUAUUAAAAUAAAAACAAAGCUUUAUUACAAACAGCGACGCUUUAAUCUCUUUCGCGAAGAGAGUGAGGGCUAUGCCAAGCUAAUCACCGAAUUAAAUCAAGAUUUUGAGGAGGGUGUAACAGCCACCAGUAUAAUGGAUAUCAUAAAAUCGCUGAUAGGCUGCUUCAAUUUGGAUCCCAAUCGCGUGCUUGACAUAAUAAUUGAAUCCUUUGAAACACGUCCCGAACGCCGGCAUCUCUUCAUACCACUGUUGCGCGCCUACAUGCCGAAUGGUUCAAUUAUAUGUGAAGUACUUGGUUAUAAAUUUCGUUACUUUGCCGACACAAGAACUCCACGUUCGCUAUUUCAUGUUUGCUCGCUACUUUUGAAAUAUGGCGUUAUUGAGCUACAUGAUAUAUAUCAAUGGCUUACGCCAGUCGAUAAAAACAUUAUAAGCGAAUGGGAAAGCGAUCUAGCUGAAGCAAAAGAAUUUGUGCGCAAGCUGAACAUAAUCGUAACAAAUAAAGAUAAAGAACAUGUGGAACCAGAAAUGGAGAAACCUUACGAUGAGGAGAAGUACUAUGCCAACCAGAAAUUCGGUUUGUGUGAGGGUCUACUCAAAGUUGGCGACUGGGAGAAUGCUUACAAGAUUAUGAAAAAACUACCAGAGCAAGCGGUGGUUGUGCAUGAGUCGAUAGCACGCGCACUCGCCGAAUUAAUACACAUUUCCAUUGAUCAUGUAUACACAGAGAAGUGCUUUAAAGCGAAUUCACGCCGUUCAAAAUUCACGGAUGAUAAAAAAUUGCUGCAGAAAUUGCAAGCACGUGAAUUUUCCGAAUUGCGCAACUACACCAUACCAAUGGUUAUAGCGCUGGGACCGGCUUUGCAUUUCGACACAGUGCUCAUGUAUAAACUUAUACGCAUAUUGCGCACAAUAAUGACUGAUAUGGGUGUGGAUAGUCUGAAUGCGCCCACACCGAAUACCGAAUCAGAAACACUGUACUUCGAAGUGAUGACUGUUAUGGAUGCAGCUAUAUUGCCAGCACUUUCCUAUCUAGACUGCAAUUGCCCCAUGGCUGAAGAGAUUUGGACUGUACUGAAAUUCUUUCCGUACCAUUUUCGUUAUAGUUUGUAUGCACGUUGGAAGAACGACACAUACCUGGUGCAUCCGGUGCUCAUACGGCGACGUGGUUUGGCACACAAAAAUAUUAAAGCAUUAAUGAAGCGCGUCAGUAAAGAGAAUGUGAAGCCGGUGGGGCGUCUUAUCGGCAAGUUGAGUCAUUGCGCGCCAGGAUUUCUCUUCGAUUAUAUUCUACUACAAAUUCAAAUCUAUGACAACUUAAUUGGGCCCGUAGUCGAUUCAUUAAAAUAUCUCACAUCGCUAUCGUUCGACUGUUUGGGCUACUGCCUCAUUGAGGCUUUGGCCAUGGCGGAUAGAGAUCGCUUCAAACACGAUGGCACCUCAAUUUCAUUGUGGCUACAGAGUUUAGCUUCGUUCUGUGGUGCGAUCUUCAAAAAGUAUAACAUUGAGCUCAGUGGCUUGUUGCAAUAUGUUGCCAAUCAGUUGAAGUCACAAAAAAGCUUGGAUCUGUUAAUCCUCAAAGAAAUUGUGCAAAAAAUGGCUGGUGUUGAAUCGGCAGAAGAAAUGACUAAUGAGCACUUAAAUGCCAUGUGCGGUGGUGAAUUGCUGCGUGGUGAGGCUGGCUACUUCAGUCAGGUGCGCAACACCAAGAAGUCUUCACAGCGUCUGAAGGAUGCGCUCGCCAAUAAUGAUUUGGCUGUUGCCAUAUGCUUGCUAAUGGCGCAACAAAAACACUGUGUCAUCUAUCGUGAGACUGCGCAAAGCCAUCUGAAGCUUGUUGGCAAAUUGUACGAUCAAUGUCAAGAUACUUUAGUACAGUUUGGCACAUUUCUGGGCUCUACAUACUCGGUGGAUGAAUAUGUUGAACGUUUGCCAUCGAUCAUUGCCAUGUUGCAGGAGUACCAUAUCAAUGCCGAUGUGGCCUUCUUCUUGGCGCGUCCAAUGUUUACACAUCAGAUAAAUCAAAAAUACGAUCAGUUGCGCAAGGCCGACCCCAAUGCCAAGAAAUUGACUACCAAUCAAAAAUUACAAAAAUAUCUGGAAGCCACCAAUUUAAUUAUGAACCCCAUUGUUGAGUCUGUGCGUCCCUUACAUGGCCCCAAAGUUUGGGAGGACAUUAGUCCUCAAUUUUUGGUAACCUUCUGGUCGCUUAGCAUGUACGAUUUGCAAGUACCCGCCGAGAGUUAUCAAAAGGAGAUUUCGAAAUUGAAGCAAUUGUCACUGCAAGCAGCAGAAUCCAAAGAUUCGAAUGCCUCCAAGAACAAGAAAGAGCAGGAGCGCUACAUUGCUUUAAUGGACAAAUUACAAGAUGAACGUAAGAAACAGCAGGAACAUGUCGAUAAAAUACUACAACGCCUACAACAACAAAAGGACAAUUGGUUCCUUUCGCGUUCAGCGAAAUCGGCAAAAAAUGAGACGAUUACACAAUUUCUGCAGCUGUGCCUAUUUCCAAGAUGCACCUUCACUGCCCUCGAUGCGCUUUACUGUGCGAAAUUCGUACACACCAUACACAAUCUGAAGGCUGCCAAUUUCUCCACGCUACUUUGUUAUGAUCGGAUAUUCUGCGACAUCACCUACUCGGUCACAUCGUGUACCGAAAACGAGGCCACACGUUAUGGCCGCUUCCUCUGCGCCAUGUUGGAGACGGUCAUGCGUUGGCAUGCCGAUCAGGCGGUCUUCAAUAAAGAAUGCGCCAACUAUCCCGGUUUCGUUACGAAAUUCCGUGUCAGCAAUCAAUUCUCCGAGGCGAACGAUCAUGUGGGUUACGAAAACUAUCGUCAUGUCUGUCAUAAGUGGCAUUAUAAGAUAACCAAAGCGAUUGUAUUCUGUUUGGACUCAAAAGACUACAUGCAAAUACGCAAUGCGCUCAUCAUACUCAUGCGCAUACUGCCGCAUUAUCCGGUGCUUGCGAAAUUGUCGCAAAUUAUCGAACGCAAAGUGGAGAAAGUGCGUGAGGAGGAGAAGAAUAAACGUCCCGAUUUGUUUGUGAUUGCUUCGAGUUACAUUGGGCAGCUGAAAACGAAGGCUGCACAAAUGAUCAAAGAGAGCGAUUUCCAUCAAGUGACCGAGCGGCAGAUGCGCGUUGAAACGGCUACGGCAGCAGCGGCCACAGCUGCCGCAACUGUUGCGCCAACGGCGGUGGGUGGUACGUCAGCUACUGUGUCUACCGCAGCAGCAAGCAGUAGCGUCAGCAUUAAUGCGAAUGUCAUUAACUUGGUCGAUGUCACGGCUAAGAGCGCGCAGCAAACGGUACAACAGUUAAACGCUGCGCAGCACGAAGCUACGCCCGUUGUGGCAAGGCAAGUGAGCAAUGGCGAUAUGAAGAGUGCUGAAAAACGCGAGAAAGAAAAGGUGGUGAAGCAGAUUAUCAAAAUGGAACGUGAACCGAUAACAAGCCCCGCUACAAAUAACACAGUUAACGAGCUAGAUACGCGUUCCACGAUUUUGUUAAGCGAACGCAAUGAACAUGGUGAACGGCGCAGCAGCAGUCGCACUUUGAAGGAUGUCAAGAAGGAGGAGCGCACGCGUGAGCGUGAACGCGAACGUGAACGUGAAAUACAACGAGAGCGUGAAAAAGAUCGUGAACGCGACCUGAGAGAGAGAGAACGCGAAAAAGAGCGUGAACGUGAACAAAGAGAAAGAGAGCGUGAGCUGCGUGAACGCGAACGUGAGCGUGAACAUCGCAGUCACAAUGAUGAAAUCGAUUUGUCUGGUGGUGGUGGUGCCGGCGCAACCGGUGGUAGCACCAUGAUUUCCACACGUUCAAAACGCGACAAGCGACGUGGCGAUGAACGUUAUCGGCUCGAAUCACCAUCCUUGGAGCAUAUCGAAGUACUGGAAGGCAAGCAUGAACAUCAUGAGUAUGAACGCGAACGUGAUAGAGAACGUGAGCGAGAACGAGAACGUGCCCGGGACUUGAGUUCUGUAUCGAAUGAAAGCAACGGUUCAUCGAUGCAUCGACGCAGUCAGGAUAUAAUUGAAUAUGAUAAAGAUACGAAACGCCGCAAAGUGGAAGCUUCGACAACUUCUUCGUCCAACUCAAAGAAACAGAUCACAGAUGAUUUGAUUGAGAGUACAAAGAAGGAACGCGCCAUAAAGAACAAGGAACGUAAGGAGAAGCUCACCGAGGAGGAGAAAGAUGCACGCAAAGAACGCAAAUUGGGACGUAAACGUGAGCGUCUCGAGGAGAAUUCCAGCGUGGAGCAUAAGCGGCGGAGAGAAGUGCAAAAUGGCGAUGAUGAUUUACGCGAGCGUGAUAAAUAUCAUACAAGGGAAAAAUCCCCGCACUUGCGCAGUGAGACGCGUGAACGUUCACACGAGAAAUUCGAACGCGACCGCAGCACACGCGAGGAGCGCCUAUAUGGCACUUCGAAGUCUACACGUUCGCGCAUAGGCUAUUAGUAGAGGUACAGACGGAAACAGAAGUUUUACAAAAAAUAUUUGUUUUUAGUUUUAAAUUGACAACAACUACCGCAUUAAAAAUAUACAGCAACAACAAAUUCAACUAGUAUACUAAAUAAACCAUUUUAAUUUUAUAAGUGC